AUGUCGGAUCCUCAUCGAUUGCCGGUCGUCGAUUACAACGGCGACCAAAUCUACUAUCAACCCCCGCAACAACAGCACCAAUAUCAACAGGAGGAGUUGUCGUUUCCGCAGGACCUGUUAGAGCCGCAGCCUGUGAUCUCACAGCAGGAGUAUAAUUACUCCGACGACUACCAAAAUGGCCAAGGUUACGAGGUAAUUCAAAUCAUUUGUUUUGAUGUUUUAGGAAGCAAGUGUUAAAAGCAAUACGGCUUGUUUUGUAGCCUGUGAAGUCAGGAAGCUAAUGCUAGAAGGCCUUUACAUCCUUUAAGCCUUUGUCUAAUUAUCUGAUAUUAUACAUGACACCAUGUUACCUCUGAAAAAACUGUUUGCAACAUCUCUAAUGGUUUCAACAAAAUGCCUAGACUUGCCCAAAUGGAACGUUAUGAUCUAAAGACCACAAUUGGAUAGCAUUUGUUGCAUUGUGUAAAUAAAAACCAACAAUGCCACACUAUCUUAUCCAUGAAGGUCAGCUAAUUAGAUCGCCAAAAAAUCGCCCGGAACAGGCUAAUUAACGAAAACAGUUGGUACUUCAGAAUUCUAAAUUAUGUAAAUUUCCGGCGUUUGAUUUUACAAAAGAAAAGUUAAUUUUUAUUCAAAUUUGGAUACAUUUUUAAUUCAAAUUUUGUUACAUUUUUUUAUUCGAUUAUCGGCGAGGUGUCUUUGUUUCGUGGAAUUUCAGUCGUGUUUUGCCGACGAGGCUGUCGUUCUUUUUUCGCCAGCUUUUUUAGAAGCGGCUGGGUUUUUUGGGUCUAGUGUAAUAUCAAUCGUCAUGUACAAUAUAAAAUUUUUGAUCACUUUAUCUAAAUUCCCGAUUUUUUUAAAGAACAGGGCGAUUUAUCCCAAAAACUAAUAAUUUUUUCCUUUCAGAUGUCCGAGUUCGUCACUGUCGAUCAAAAUCGCCAAAUGGAUGACCCACAAUGGAAUCAGCAGUACUUCUACAGCGGCGAAAUCCCGUACACCGGUGCGGAGGAGAUUGUUGGGACCGAGUAUCAGUCGUACGAGCCGACCCUGGCCCAGCACAACAUCUCGAUGAACCCGUUUGAGGAGGAGGAUGAUGAUGGAUACGAUCCCCAACAAAGCCUGCCAUCGUAUUCGAUGAACGAGCCGGCUCGCAUGAUGCUCGACGAAAAUGAUUUUGAGAUGGAAGCGGAUGAGCCGGAGCUUGAACGAAGAGUUGCGGCGCCUCAUCAGCAAGUUGUUGUGACGAGGAGAGACCAAAGGGAUGUUGAAGCUGAAAUCAAAAAAAGAAGAGCUGCAAAAAGAGCACAGCGAGUGUCAAAUGAAGGCAGAGGCCAACAAUUGUAUUUGACAGCGGAUGAUUCGGCUAUGUAAGUGAUUUAUGGCAUUUUAUGGACUUUUUUGAUAUUAUACUAGACAAAAAUUGAAGAUUUUUGUAAAUUUUUCUUUGAAAGUUGAGGAUAUUAUUCUUAAAUCAAAAGCACAUCAAAUUUGACAUCAUUUGAAUAAUAACCGUUUAAUUUCAGCAGCCAAAAAGCAAGAGAACAAGCAGCCCAAAGGUUCGCAACCAAGGAAGGAUGGGAAUGCAUGAAUAAAUGGCUAAAACAAGCCGUGGAAAAGGAUGAUAGAGAACGUUUGGUUCAACAUUUGGAGACGUUGAAGUUUGUAAGUUAAAAUUUCAGUUGACUUUGGUUUUUAAGUCUUCAAAAGUCAUCAUAGCUAUCAAGUGUAAUAUAAUUUUUCAGACGGAUGUCUCAGUCGAUCUGCUACAGCAAACGGAUACGGCCAAAAUGGUUAGAGAGCUGUGGAAAAAGCAUUCCAACAAAAGUAAGUCGGAGUUAUAGGUUGGUUUAUAUUAUCCACGAAGUUUUGUCAAACUUAGGGCGUUUCAGUGCCAAAAAAAUUGUAUUUUUAUUUCAGAAGUUAAUGAAUUAGCAAGCUUCCUGUUUACCUCAUGGAAGGAUAAGGUCGCCACGGAACAUAAGAAGACCAAAUCCGCCAAACAGACAAAGGAAACAAAGGAGAAAGCGGCCAAGAAGACGGUGAAACAAUCACCUCCAAAGAAGCUCUCAAAAGAAGAGGAAAAACAUCAGCCAACGGAUGUGGACAUCCUGGGAAAACUCAUCGACGCCACGGAUAAGGAAGCAUCCGGAGAGAAGCCUCCGUCGCCACAGGAGACCUCGAAGAACAAGGUGCGCAUCAAGCCCAAGGUCAAGAUGAAUAAGAGUAGACUGACAGGUAAGGAUGGUGAAUUUUUGAAGCAGAAUUGAGCCCUAAUAGAGCCUGGUAAUUUGAAAGAAUUUUAUGAUGAUUCAGAAAGUUUAGGAGAGGUUUUUAUAUUACACUUGGUCAUCAAGUAUAAUAUCGAAAAUUUUGGUAAAAAUAUAAGUGAAAGUUAAAGUUGACCCUUGCAAUUGUAAUGUUUCGUCAUAAAUAUAAUUUUGAAUUGCAUUUUAGGUGCGUUCCCGACCACGCCGCUGCGACGGGCGGACUCGAUUUGGCUGGACCAACUUCUCUCACUCGGCUCUCUGAUUUCCUCUCGAAUGUCCAUAAAUGUUCGAGAACAGACAUUUUUGAUUUUUUGAUAUCGUUUCAGAUCUCUUUUCGUCUUGAUCUCAUCGAUUUUACGGGUCUCAUUUUCAAUAGGGUUACUGUAAUUUACCUCGAGUUUUGUUUUAAAAUUUUUAAUUUUAAAAUGAAUUGAAUCCCCCCGCUAUUGGAUGGAGAGAACGAUGGACAAUGAAAGCGAACCCAGAUGGAGCCACGAAAAGUAAAGAAAUUCAAGAAAAUAUUGCGAAAACGGCUAAAAAUGCCGAAAAUGAAAGGAAAUCCACCGAAAUUGACGUCGUUUCGUCGGAAUUGGGUUGUAGCGUCGUCUGUUAAGCCCUCAGAAUUGUAGAGUCCACUGUUUUGCUACAUGGAGAGUGGUCGGUAUAGCGUGUCGCUUGUUCACCGAGCGAUGGCAAAAAAGGUCUAGAAUGACGUCAUAAUAAGGCUUUAUAAUUGUUUUGAGGGGAAAUUGAUGCUGAAUUUUUUCUCGGAAAUUGGGUUUAUAGACUGCUUGUGGCCCGUUUUGACUAGUUGUAGCCGUAAAAGUGGUGGUUGUGGAAAGUUUUGAGAACAAACUUGUUAUCCAUGGGGUUGAGAUGAUUUUUUUGGAAAUGAAUGGCAAAUAUGUGGUCUCUUGUGGAUCAAUGGCUCUGAUUAGAUGUGUUGUGGUCUGAAAGGGAUGUUAUAGGUGUGAAAUCAACAGGCUCGCGCUGUCAUCUGUGCUAUCGAUAUUAUCUUAGGGUUCCUGAAGCACUUUCGUUUGCAGUUAAUUCUUCUUUUAGAGAGUUGUGAGAGAAGUUGUUGCCUCCAAAUGGAUCCGUGAGUCGAUCGGAGUUAUUAUUUUUUUUUGAUUUUUUAUAUACAAAGAUUACAGCUAAUUUUACCUUGUUUUAGGUCUCGAAGAAGACGCCCCAAAACCCGCUUCGACCCCAAGCAAGAAGGACAAGCCCAAGCCAAAACCCAAAGUCUACGUGGCCUCCGAAGACUUUCUGGCGGCGUUGGACGCGGUUGGCCCGGCGCCGGCGCCGAAAAAGAAGCCCAAAGUCACGGUGGUCACCCCGAUCCGACCGUCGCUGCAGAAGUCGGCCGAAUUGGAGAGGUCCUUCGAUGAGGGCAAAGGACAAGAGAAAGAGGUGGAACUGUCGGAAGAAGUGAUUCAGAAAUUGGUACAGAGCAAACGCGCCAAGCCGGGCAUCCUGCGAACCGAUCCGCUGAAUGCGGAGGAGAAAUCUUGGAGGAAAAUUCGAUUCCGAGCCGAGCUGGUCGAAACUCGACACUUUGAAUGCGACGCCAGCGAACGAGUAAAUGUCUCCAAACUCAGCCCCAAUGAGAUGAAACACAUGGACGCCCAGCAGGAACAUGAUGCUCUGGCCCGACUCAAACAUGAAAGUUCGUUGCCCCCGUUGCCCGGCCUUCCCGGAGAAGAGCCCGACGGCUCUGGAUUUGGACGAUGGACGGGACCUAAACAAGAAUUUGGACCGUCAGGACCAUCGACGUCCUGGAGAAACCUUCCAGGCUUCCAGUACAAGGUGGUGAAGAUUGCUGGAAUGCCCCUUUUUCCGAGAGGCACUGAUAGCACCUUGGCCGUGAUGGAGAAGAUCAGAGAGCAGAGCAGCAUGGCCGCGUUCUUUGGCCCCAAAAUGUAAGUUGGGGAUUUUUCGGAAAGAAAAAAUGGGAUUUCUUGAAAAAAAUGCGGCAUUUUUUUAUUUUUGUUUAAAUUUGGGCGAAAUUUAGUUUUAAUUUUUUAUUAAAAAUAAAAAAAUGAAAAAAUAUAGCAUUCUUUUGAUUAUUUUGGAAAAAUUUGGGCUAAAUUUAGUUUCAUUUUUUUUGAAAUUAAAAAAAUUGAACAUAAAAAUAAAGUUUUUUUUGAACAGUGUAAUAUCAUAGCAGGCUGAUCAUAUUAUUUCUAUUUCCAGCCCAACCCCGAUCGCCAACGAAAACGACGAUGAUGAUUUGGUGGUGAAGGCGACCGAAGCCGAAUUCCGCUUCGAAAAGGACCCCGGAUCCCUUGUAAUUUACGUGACUAGAAGCGGCGACAAGCGCAAGGGAGAAGAGUCCCAGCCCCAACCGCAGCACAUGCCAAGCCCAAUCAACACGGCCAGCGCCGCCCUCCGUCUGCCCCUCCCCUUCACAACCACCGCCAAUCUUCCGCAGGUCCCGGCCGAAGUGAAAUCGGAAGAGCCGGAGAAUUUGGAGGCCAGACGGAACUCUGCGAGCGGCGCCGGAAAUAUAAAUGUACCUCAGUUGCCGGGUUUGAGAGUUUCGGCGACGAUUUUGGCUCCGGAAACGGCUCCAUCGCCCGCUGUGACUAGCCCAGCUCAAAGCUCAACUCAAAAUCCGGUGGCUCUCUCAGCAGACGUCUUGUCCAUCCUGGAAUCGGUCAAAAGAACGGAGGUCCCGAAAGAAGUCAGCCUGGAUGAUAGCCUAAAGGAUAUCAUAAACAGUAUCAAGCCGGAUCCAGACGUUCCGAGUCAAGAUGAAGACCUCAGAAAACAGGACGAAGACCUCAGAGGCGACUUUGAUAUGCGAGAGGAAGACCAGGACCUAAGAGGUCGAGAACAGGCAAAAGAAAAGGAAGUUUCGACCCCAACCAGUGGAAUGUUGCCGGUUAUUCGCUCCCCUGUCACCACAACUUCCGCGUUUCCAUUCUCCUCCCCGCAGGCAAUUUUUUCGCCAUCCAGCUCCUCAUCUCAACCUGCAAUGCCGCCGAGAACGGCAGCCUUUGGAAAUCAACCGGUAAUGCCGAUCCCGAGCCAGGAAAAGAAGCCGGUCGUCACCACGGACACCCUCAAAGUGUUGGCGGAUCUGGCGGGAAAGACGGCCAAUGUGGUGGGCGGUCUGGAUUUGGCCGCGAUUUUGAGCAAGGUCGACUCGGCCGCGAAGAAAUCGCAAGCAGCGCCGGUAAUUCAGCAAUUGAACGAUCCGACUCAACAAAUGGUAAUGGAGUUUUGGAGGGUAUAGAUUUUCAACCAGUCGAAAAAAACUAUUUUUGGGCUUUUCGAAAGUUUUUAUUUUGAGUCGCUAGAUGAGUAAUAUUUAGUGCAGAAUUAAAGGUUUUUGAAUUAAUUUAACUCUUCUUUCUUUCAGUACCAACCCCCUCCGGUCAUCCAGCAAAUCGACUCCUACACCGCCCCAUUCCAACCAGGCUUUUCCACCCCCACUCAGCCCGCUUUCGGCGCCCGCCCACCCUUCCCGAAUCAACCGAAUUUCAGUGGAGCACGCGGGCAAAGCGCCUUCUUCGGCAACCAGUCCAACAACACCCGCCCAGCCUUUGGGAACCGCCCUAUCCGCGGCCCCGUACCUUGCAAGUUCUUCAUGCAGGGCAACUGUAAUUUCGGCGAAGCUUGUCGGAAUUUGCACGCUCAACAACCAACAGAAGGCCUGCGGCGAUUGCAAACACAAGCAACAACGACCCAGGGACCUCAAACGGCGACGACGACCUUCACGCCGCCGCAGAAUCAGUUUGGAAAUGAAUUUAAUCAACCGUUUGAGGAGAAGGAUGGCCAAACCCAGCCUUACUUUGGGGGAAGAGGCCGCGGACGAGGCAGAGGAGCCCCUGGAAGGUGGGAAGAUCGAAGACAACGAAGGUACUCGCCACAGAGAAGAUACGAACGAAGGGAUGAAAGGGACAGAGAUUAUGAUCGAGAUGAUAGACGACAGAGAAGAAGGAGAAGAUCGUAAGUGAUCAUACAGUGAAGGACCUGAUCCAGUGGCAAAAAACGUACCAUUUUGCAUCCGGGAAGCAUCAAAAAUGUGGCAAAAUGUUUCCUUCUCCAAGUGAAAAAACAUCGUUUUGAAGGGCGCGCUUUUGAAAUCGGGGUUUUUUCACUUGGAGAGGGAGGUAUUUUGCAACAUUUCUGAUACUUCCCGGAUGCAAAAUGGUAUGUUUUUUGCCACUGGAUCAGGUCCGCCACAGGAUUUUGGACGAAUUUUAAUAAGCAUUUACUAAAGUCUUUUUUUAGUGGAUCCCAAUCUCCCUCUCGGUCUCCCCCGGCCCGUCGACGAAGAUACCGCUCGUCGAGCCGAUCCAGAUCUCGCAGUCGAUCCCGUUCCCCAUCUGCACGCCGAGGCCGCUCCCGUCGCUACGAUCGCAACUCCCGAAGCCGCUCCCCAUCCCCGCUCGUGGACACGGCCCGCGAACGCACACCCUCCCCACCAAAGGCCCCAGACUCUCAGGAAUAG